UUUCUUGUAAGUGGAAGUAACUAAGCACAGAGCAGGAGCUGAUGAUCAGUGCUGGGGCACGGUCGUGUUUCUAGUGAACUGCUGUACAUCUAAACUAGAAAUGUCGCCAUCUGUGUGUCUUCAAGUCUUCAUCCUGCUGUCAGCCACAAGAAAUGUCUGGCCUGAGGAAACCUGUACGAAGGGUGCGGUCAACUCCUGUGCUGACUGUAUCGUGUCUGGGCCAUUCUGUGCGUGGUGCAAAUUUGAGAAUUUCACCAAACAAGGCGAGCCGGAUGCAGCACGCUGUAACACCAAGGCAAAGCUGAAGGAGAAUCACUGCAAAGAGACCGACAUCAUCUCUCCAGAAAACACUUACAAGCCUAUUAAACAAAAGCCACUGACAAAAGCCACUGGAACAGCAGACCCAGUGCAAGUCUAUCCUCAAGAGGUUAAACUGGACCUUCGACCUGGCCUUCCGCAAACAAUCACCCUCAAGUUUAAAAGGGCAGAGGGCUACCCAGUGGAUCUUUACUACCUAAUGGACCUCUCCUACUCCAUGAAGGAUGACCUGGACAAAUUAAAAACUCUGGGAAAAGAUUUAGUUUCAGCACUACAAACGAUAACUGGUGGCAGUGGCAAAGCAAGAAUUGGUUUCGGCUCAUUUGUUGACAAGACUGUUCUGCCAUUCACAAACACCAACAAAGAAAAACUGAAGAAUCCUUGUCAAGACGAGACCGAGCGCUGUCAGCCACCAUUUGGUUUCAAACAUAUUGUCAAGCUGACAAAUCAAUAUCAGUUAUUCAAUGACGAAGUAGCCAAGCAGAACAUCUCUGGAAAUCUCGACACUCCUGAAGGAGGCAUGGAUGCCAUCAUGCAGGCCGCAAUGUGUGAGAACGACAUUGGCUGGGGAAAUGCCACACGCUUGCUAGUUCUAGCCACCGACGCUGGCUUCCAUAUGGCUGGUGAUGGGAAAUUGGCUGCAAUUCUGGAACCAAAUGAUGAAACAUGCCACUUGCAGAAGAACAUAUACAGCCAAAGCAGCUUACUGGACUAUCCAUCUGUUGGUCAAAUUGCAAGGGCCUUAGAUAUGAAAAACAUUCAGCCCAUUUUUGCCGUCACAAGCACCGUGACAGAUGUGUACAGGGAGCUGAGCAAGAUGAUCCCAAAGUCAGAGGUGGGAGAACUGUCUAGCGAUUCUGGGAAUGUGGUCAAGUUAAUCGAGGAUGCCUACAAUAAACUCUCCUCUAAAGUCAUUGUGACUCAUGAUGUACCGCCAGAAAAGGUGACGGUGAAAUACACCUCAGACUGUAAAGAUGGAACCGAGCCUGGAGACGAGGGGGUCUGUGAUAAUGUAGCCCUCGGACAGGAGGUGACUUUCUUCGUUCAAGUGACGGCACUUGAAUGCCUGAACAACGUUUCCUUCUAUGUUGGCCCAAGAGGCUUCAAUGAAAAAAUGAAGGUGACCAUUUCAACCCGCUGUGAAUGUGAAUGCGAUGAUCCGGUGGAGCCGCAGCACCCGCACUGUGCUCGUCAAGGAGAAGUCAAAUGUGGGACGUGCAAAUGCAAUAAGGGUUAUACAGGCCAGAAGUGCGAGUGUAGCCAGGGGAAUUUGGAUGACGUGAGCCUGAGGCAAAUGUGCCGGAGGGAGAACAACACAGAGUGUGAAGGUCGCGGGGACUGUGUCUGUGGUCAAUGCCAGUGCCACACCAGCCCGAGUGGUCAACCCUACUACAGUAAAUACUGCGAGUGUGACGACGAGCACUGCCAGAUGCACGACAACAAGCCGUGUUCAGGUCAUGGGGACUGUAAGUGUGGGAUAUGUCAGUGUCACGCCGAUUACGAAGGCGAUGCCUGCCAUUGUAAAAAGUCGAACGCGGCCUGCAAAACUGGCAGCACCAUCUGCAAUGGCCGUGGCACGUGCGAGUGCAAUGCGUGCAAGUGCUCUAGGGGCUACCAAAAGCCUUUCUGUCUGACCUGCCAGGCUUGCACACCACCGUGUCAUCAGUCUGCGAAGUGUAUUGAGUGCCUGGGCUUUGGUGAUGGUCCGUACCAGAAAAACUGCUCCACAGCCUGCAAUCACCUCACUCACACCACAGUGGAAAAACUCAACCCAUUCAACCCAGAUGCUAGGAAAUGUGAAGUAAAGGACUCGAAAAAUUGCUGGCUCGAUUUCACCAUGAAGGAACUGCAAGGAUUUGACAAAUACGAGGUUGAAAUACAAAAGGAAAGAAGGUGCCCCGAGCCACCAAACAUCAUUGCCAUUGUAGCUGGUUCUGUCGCUGGGGUGGCCCUGAUUGGCCUCCUGAUCUUACUCAUCAUCAAGGCUCUGCUGUACGCAAGAGACUUAAAGGAGUGGAAGAAGUUUGAGAAUGAGAAGAAGAAAACCAAAUGGGCCAAUGCUGACAAUCCCUUAUUUAAGGAGGCAACAACUACAGUGACAAAUCCUACGUUCUCUGGAGAGUGACCUCAAACAUAGGUACAAAAAGAGCCCGUCCCGUAAUACUUCUGUCGACGUGUGCAGUGGGUAUAUGCAUAUGUUUAGACACCGCUGUUGUAUAUGCAGCUUGCUAAUGCAGCACACAGGAAGUUAGUCGAACAUAUCAGGUGUCAAGGGACACUGUGGCUACUGUGUAUAGAGAUACUUUGUUUUGUAUUACUUUCAAUUAAACAUUGUGUUUUUCUGUGUUCAAAAACUCUUGCAUAAUCUUCAGUUCAGGAUGUUUUAUCAUUUACAAUGUGUACUCAUAGUAACUGAUUUAGUUCAAUGUGUUUCUAUGAUGGCUUUUAAUAGAAUGUUGUAUAAGUGCUUGUGUAUAGUGUAUUUAAAUAUUUUGAUUACAUUUUGCCUAAUUUUUCUAAUCAAAAACAUUUCAAAGAGGCUAGGAAGACAUGGUUUAUGUAUAUUGUGCUUAUAGUUCAGGAAUGAGUUGAUUUGUUUUUUAGUUUAAUUCAAGAUUAGUUUUAGAUGAGUCCUUUAUAUUUAGUAUUUAUUAAGCCAAAAAGAAUCUGUGGUUGUUGUUUUUACUGAUUUUGCUAUGCUUGUGUAGAAGUCGGGUUAAAUUGGGCAAAUGUUGUAUUUUCGAACUUAAUAUUAUUUAGCAAUAAUAGCACCCAUAUUCGGGUAGAUGGAUGAUUGGAUUGGAUUGGAUUCAAUUUAUUGUCAUUGCACAGAGUACAAGUACAGAGGCAACGAAAUGUAAAGAAUGAUCUGCUUACAACCUCAAUAAACACCAUUCUCAGA